AUGAGUGAAGUACAACCGGAGGACUCGGUUAGCCAGAGUGGCAGAAGUACUGCUGUUAGCCAGAGUGGGAGAAGUACUGCUGUUAGUUCCAGUGCCAGAGUAAAGGCACUAGCAAAGAAGGCGGUCCUCAAAGCUGAGGUGGAGGCUCUUAGACAGCACCAGGAGUUAGAGCUUGAAGAGUUGAGGCUCAAGCAGAGGAAAGCUGAGUUGGAGCUGAAGACAAAGCUCAGAGUAAUGGAAGCAGAGGAGCUUGUCUAUCGCCAGUAUGAAGAUGAUCUUGUCAAGGCUAGUGAAGGAGAUGAGGUUACCUUCAAGCCUCAGUCUGUCAAUGAUGACAGCACAUUGCCAUAUCCUGCAACGGAUACACCUCAGAAGCAGAACAUUGACGUUGAGGUAUCAAGAGCACCUGAGUCAACGCCAAAGGUCAGUGAUGAGUCACACAGAGAAUCCAGAGAUCAUUUGGACUACGAGAUCUUAGGACAUUUGAGGCAGGGCCAAAUGCAACAACAGCAGCUUCUUGAAUCCAUAAAUUUGCCAAGUGCCGAACUAAUGAAAUUUGAUGGUGACCCAUUAAAAUAUUAUGAGUUUGUACAAUCAUAUGACUGUAUGAUUGGGGACACGUCAUUGUCCAGCAGUGGAAAACUCAUGAGACUGUUUCACUGUUGUGAAGGAGCAGCAAAGAAACUCAUCCAGUGCUGCAUGAUGAUGUCACCGGAUCAUGGGUACCUAAGAGCUAGGGGGCUCCUUGCUGAGAGGUUUGGUGACACUCACAAGAUUGAAGAAGCCUGGUUGAGGAGAGUUACGGACGGCCCAGCUGUACUAAACAACUGCAAGCAGCUGCGGGAUUUUGCUGAUGAGCUGCAGACCUGUACAGAGACCCUCAAGGCAAUGGGUGUGCUCCAGGAAUUGAGUACCCAGAGAGAAUUAGUGAAGCUGAUCGAAAGAUUGCCCUACCAGUUGAGGAGUCGGUGGCUUGGCCAAGUGAAGAGAAUCCGUGAUACCGGAAGGUCACCUGUAAUCUUUGAUGUUGUUCGAUUUGUGAACGAUGCUGCUGAAGAGAUCAAUGAUCCCGUCUACGGAGCUCUAGUUCAGGGAGGAUGGAAAGAAGGACGCAGUUUCAAGGCCAAAUACAAGGAUAAGGUUUCGAUUCCAAACCGAUACCAUUCUUCCAAAGGAAACUUCUCGGCAUCGCUCAGUCCUCAGAAGUGCGCUCUCUGCCAUGCUGAUCAUGGAUUGUUUGGUUGUCAGCGGUUCAAGGAUAUGAAUCCUGAGCAACGUUUCCACUUUGCUCGUGAACAGAGACUCUGCUUCAAUUGUCUACAGCCAGGGCAUAUGUCCUUUAAGUGCACCUUGAACAGGACCUGUUCAGUGAAGGGUUGCAAACAGAAGCACACAAAGUUUCUGCAUACCGGGAAGCAGAUGAUGUUUAGCCGUGGAGAUAGGAAUUCUUCUUCCAAGAAAGCAGAGAGAGAUAGUGGUCAAUCCAACUCUAUGACCCAGACUGAUGACAGAGCUUCCGGCAGUGAAGCUUCCUCUUCGCAUGCAAGCAGUAAUGCCACGGGGGCCGGAAGGUAUAGAGUUGCUCUUCCUAUAGUACCAGUGAAGGUACGAGCAGCUGAUGGCGAUACAGUUGUAGAGACAUUUGCACUUCUCGAUUCAGGAUCGACAAAUUCAUUUUGCCUUAAGGAGUUGGUGGAUGAGCUGCAGGUUAAAGGCAAGAGUAAGAUCCUGUCUGUCUCUACCUUGGAGAAAAGGAAUAGCCGGUUAAGAUGUGAAGCAGUAAACAUCAAAGUCAUGGGACUUGCCACACAAUCUGAGCUUGACGUGGAGGUUCACACACGUCCCAGUUUGAAUAUCAGCAUAGCUAAUAUGGCAGAAGAGGCAGAUCUAGCUAAGACUCCACAUUUACAAGGUCUUAAUCUUCCAGUCGUCAGUAGAAGCCAGGUCACAUUGCUGAUAGGGCAAGAUGUUCCUGAGGCGUUGAUGCCCCUUGAGGUAAAGGCAGGUAGACCUGGAGAGAUCUAUGCUGUAAGGACAGUUCUAGGAUGGACAUUGAAUGGACCCCUAGGAGACAGAGAAGGUCGAGAUAAUAUCCAAGUCUCAACAAGCUUUAUCUCAGACGAUAGUAAUGCUGGUUUGGAGGAACAGGUGAAGAAAUUCUGGAAGCUAGAAGGAAUGGAAUACCUGUAUGAUGAUAAUAGAGGAAUGUCAAUAAAUGACAAGAAGGUAUCUGAGUUCUGGAAGAAAGAGAUUAGCAUGGACAACGGUCACUAUCAACUGCCUAUUCCCUUUAGAGAAGAGAACCCAAAUUUGCCUGAGAAUCGCUACAUGGCAGAACAGCGAUUAGAGUCACUGAGGAGGAAACUCAGCAAGGAUGAUUACCUUAUGGGUAAAUACAAGGAAGGGAUGUCCAGCCUUUUGGAGAAAGGAUAUGCUGAGGAAGUACGUGUAGACAACACAACUGAAGUCCAGAUUCAGGACAGACAAGAGAAAUGGUAUCUUCCUCACCAUCCUGUUAUCAAUCCCAAGAAACCAGGAAAGGUACGCAUAGUCUUCGACUGUGCAGCUAAGUGUAAAGGAGUAGCUCUCAAUGAUGCUGUAUUGCAGGGUCCUGAUCUUACCAACAAACUGACAGGAGUACUCCUUAGAUUCAGAAAGGACCGUAUCGCAUUAACAGCUGACAUAGAGGCGAUGUUUCAUCAAGUCAGAGUACCGUCAUAUGAGAGAGAUGUGCUGCGAUUCCUGUGGUGGCCGUCGGGAGAUUUGUCAAAACAGUGUCAGGUUUAUCACAUGUGUGUACACCUUUUCGGUGGGACAUGGAGUCCCAGUGCUUGCAGUUUUGCCCUUCGUCAGACUGCGGUUGAUAAUCAGCAGGAUUACGAGGCUGACACUGUAGAGACUGUUCGUGAAAACUUCUACGUUGACGAUUGCCUUGUGUCAACAGAUAGUGAAGAAAGGGCCAUUAAAUUGGCAGCACAACUCAGGGAACUACUCAGAAAAGGGGGAUUCAGGCUAACGAAAUGGUUGAGUAACAGUCCCACCGUGCUACACUCAAUACCUGUUGAGGAAAGAGCCAAGGAGUUGACUGGAGUCGACUUGAAUCAUGAUGCCCUCCCAGUUGAUCGAGCUCUAGGUAUCAGCUGGAAUGUUGAGGCAGAUAGUCUCGGGUUCAAGAUUUCACCGAAGGACAAGCCUCUCACGAGACGGGGAUUGCUGAGUGUUGUUUCAUCGAUGUAUGACCCGUUAGGAUUUGCAAGCCCAUUCGUCGUAAGAGGGAAGUUGAUCUUGCAAGAACUGUGUCAAAAGGGACUUGCAUGGGAUGAUCCUAUUCCUGAAGUCUACAAGCAGAAGUGGAUGGUGUGGCUCAGUGAACUACCAGAGAUAGAACAGUUUGCAGUGAACAGAUGCAUAAGACCCCAUGAAUUCCCUGAAGUGGUGGAGUAUGAAUUGCACCAUUUUUCUGAUGCUUCUGAAGUAGCAUAUGGGGCAGCAUCAUAUCUAGUAUUGAAAGCUGAAAAUGGUCAGGUGCACAGUGAGCUGUUGAUGUCAAAGUCUCGCCUUUCACCAAUCAAGAAAAUGACGAUUCCACGUCUAGAGCUGUCUGCAGCAGCAAUCAGUGCAAGACUGGACGCCUUUCUAAGACAAGAACUGAAUGUGCUAGUGGGAAGUUCUCAUUUCUGGACAGAUAGCACAAUCGUCAUACGAUACAUAACAAAUGAGGAAAGGCGGUUCCGGACUUUCGUGGCUAAUAGAGUUGCAGCAAUCAGAACUAAAUCCAGCCCAGAACAGUGGCAUUAUGUGGAUUCAAAAUCCAAUCCAGCAGACGACGUGUCUAGAGGGCUGACUGCUGAGGAGCUGAAAACCAACCAGCGAUGGGUGCACGGUCCUAAAUUCUUGCUGCAAGGAAAGGAGAACUGGCCCGCUGAUCCAUUUAUAGGGGGAGAGCUUUCAGAUACUGAUCCAGAAAUCAAGUUGCCCAAGGAAGAUACAAGUUCAUUCAGCACAGAAACGGGUAAUGAGAAAGCCUUAGACAGGAUGAUUAACCACUAUUCAUCGUGGUUUAAGCUCAAGAGGGCUGUAUGCUGGAUGUGGAGAUUCAUUAAGUGGCUGAGAACCAAGAGAGAGUCACAGUUGAAAGUUGAAACAGAGGUGAUCUCUAAGAGGAUCACGUAUGAAGAGAUGAAGUAUGCAGAGCAGAAAAUUCUCCAGUAUGAACAAUCUUGCUUCUUUAGAGAGGAAAUGGAUGCACUAACUGGUGCAGAUGGUGUAAGGAAAGCCAGCAGUUUAUACAAGUUAGACCCUAAGAUAGAAGGAGGUCUGAUUCGAGUUGGAGGAAGGUUGAGUAGGUCAGCGCUACCACUCGAGGCGAAACAUCCUAUCAUUAUUCCAAAGAAAAGCCUCGUGGCGGAGCUAAUGUUGAGAGAGGUACAUGAGAAGACGGGACAUAGUGGCAGGAGCCACGAGUUGUCAACUCUUCGUGAAAGAUACUGGUUGCCAGGUGCUGGAACGGCUAUCAGAAAGAUGAUGGGGAGAUGUGUUGCAUGCAGGCGGCAGAGGGCAAAAGUAAUGCAACAGAAAAUGGCUGACCUGCCCAAGGAUAGACUGGUUCCUGAUGAACCACCAUUUACGAGAGUAGGCAUGGACUACUUUGGGCCUAUCGAAGUAAAGAGAGGUCGAAGUAUCGUCAAACGCUAUGGAGUGAUAUUCACUUGCCUUGCCAUACGAGCUGUUCAUAUUGAAAUGGCUUAUUCAUUGAGCACAGACUCUUGUAUAGAUGCAAUACGACGCUUCAUAGCUCGCAGAGGCAAUGUCAAGGAAAUCAGAUCAGACAAUGGGACCAACCUCGUCGGAGCAAAGUUGGAAUUGAGACGAGAGAUAGAAGGGUGGAAUAAAGCCCAGUUGAAUGAAGAACUACUCCAGAGGAACAUAAAGUGGACAUUUAAUCCACCUGGAGCGUCACAUUUUGGCGGAGUCUGGGAGAGACAGAUUGGGACGGUGAGGAAAUUGAUCCUCGCUCUGACGAAGCAGCAAACACUCGCAGACGAAAGUUUGAAUACGCUACUCUGCGAAGUAGAAGGCAUCAUCAACAAUAGGCCCAUCACCAAGGUUUCUGAUGACGCCAGCGACGUAGAGGCAUUGACUCCAAAUCACCUGCUCCUGCUGAAUAGGAAACCACAUCUACCUCCAACGAUGACUGAAGAGUCUGAUACAUACGCUAGAAGAAGGUGGCGUCAAGUGCAAUACAUGGCUGAUCUCUUCUGGAAGCGCUGGAUAAGGGAGUACCUACCACAACUACAGGAGAGGGAGAAAUGGGUAGCAUCGCGUCGAAAUGUUCAAGUCGGUGAUGUUGUGCUUGUGGUCAAUAAUAACGCCCCGCGGAAUUUGUGGCAGUUGGGUAGGGUUCUCAAGACGAUGCCUGACAAAGGAGGUUUCGUCCGUAGCGUUGAAGUCAAGACAAAGAAUAGCGUGCUUGUGAGACCAAUCUCCAAAUUGUGUUUGGUUUUGGAAGCCGACGUUUAA